AUGGAGGACGAGGAGCCGGGGGAAAGGACUCCAGCUCUCGCGGGUCACAUGCACCAUUCGAGGACUCUCGCCGCACAGGCAAGCGAGAGAGCGCACAGUGCCUCACCAAGACGAGUACCGAUUUUUGAAAGAGCAUCGGCUAGAUGGUGGAAUCCACAAUUCAAAAGCGCUGCUCUAGAGGCACAGUACUGGAAAUGCUCAUUCCCUCAAUUGCGAGAUCGUUUCCGCGCCGGACUUCUCUACAUUUGCUUUGUUUGUAUUGCUUGGCUCAUUUUUCUCACCAUCUUUGGUCAAGCGAAAAUUUUCUAUGCGGUAGUCUCAUUAACGCUCGUCGUCGUCAGUCUUGCCAUUUACAGUUUCACCGUCUUUUCUGCGCAUUAUCAAAGAUUCUACAUGCCAACCUCAUUUUUGUGCACUUUUCUGAUAUGUUUGGUGACGUUGCUCAUUUUCAGCGAAGGAAACGCGAAUUUCAUGUCCCCGGUGGCCACAUUGGCAAUCAGUAUUCAAGUGGUGCUUUUGAUUUACACGGUGAUCCCUUUACCUUUAUAUCUUUGUGUGGCAAUUGGUGUCAUCUAUUCAAUUCUCGUUGAGCUUCUUUGUCGGAAUAGAGUGAAAUUUGGUGAGGCCGAGUUCGUAAAGUUUUUCAUUCAUUGCGGAAUUCACAUGCUCGGUGUACAUCUCUUCAUUCUUACACAAGUUCGUCAGCGCAAAACCUUUCUCAAAGUCGGGCAAUCGCUAAUGGCGCGGAAAGAUCUAAUGCUCGAGAAACAGUUUAAAGAUCACAUGAUUCAAUCUGUCAUGCCGAAAAAGGUGGCUGAUGAGUUGCUGAAAGAUGCGAACGAGUUGCGCCGUCCCUCAGCCUCACUCGACUCCAAUUGCCGUACUUCAAACGCCACCGCUACGCUAAACAACGAAGAUCGAAAUGUGCGCAAGUUCCGUCCAUUCACGAUGAAUCUCAUGACUGAUGUCUCUAUUCUUUUUGCCGAUAUUUGUGGCUUUACAAAGAUGUCAUCAAACAAAUCCGCUGACGAAUUGGUGAAUCUUUUAAACGAUUUGUUCGGUCGUUUCGACAACCUUUGCCGUCUCUGCGGACUUGAAAAGAUCAGCACGCUUGGCGAUUGCUAUUAUUGUGUGGCUGGUUGCCCAGAGCCUUGUGUAGAUCAUGGAAAGCGAUGUGUCGAGAUGGGACUUGAAAUGAUCGUCGCUAUUAGACAAUUCGAUGUCGAUCGCGGUCAAGAAGUGAACAUGCGAGUCGGAAUUCAUACUGGAAAAGUAAUGUGUGGAAUGGUUGGUACAAAGAGAUUCAAAUUCGACGUGUUCUCUAAUGAUGUCACCUUGGCGAAUGAAAUGGAAUCAUCAGGGCAAGCUGGAAGAGUCCAUAUCUCUGAGUCAACAGCAGCUUUUCUCGAUAACAGCUAUAAUCUAGAGGAAGCUCCUGUGUAUGCUGGCCUGAAGACUUACUUCAUCGCUGGACGAAACGAGGCAAACGUUUAUGAUGGAAUCGAGAGAGUUGAGCGAGAGAUUGCUCCAAAUGGACAAAGCAGUAAAAAUGUUGGAAUGAGCUUCAGAAAGGCUUCGAUCCCCGAGCGUUGGUUCAAGACAGGUGCCGGUGUGACUGGACGCUUGAAGAUUGCGAGCAAGUUGAAGACCAUUCACACAAAUUCUCUUCCGAUGAGAGGUGGACAAAGCGGUGGAGGCUCGUUGCGAAUGAAGAUGAUCGAGAAAAAUAAAGGAGCCAGCAAUAGCACUCAACUUUUGCCCAAAGAGCCAAAUUCGAUUUGUGUGAUGGACGAUCAAAAAAAGUCGGCUUCUCUCCAAGCUCUCACUAGCAAUACUAAUGUUGGACCAUAUUCAUCGACAGGCGUUACAACUGGAAGUACACCUGAUGCAAGAGCGUGGAAUGAGCGUAGUGGAGCAAAGAACUCGGGGAAUGGCAGCAGUGCGAACAGCGCGAAGGGAAGUCGAAGUAGCGGUCUUCAGUUAUCUCUCCAAGAUCCAGGCUCAGAUCUUGCCUCUGUGGGCGGCCUCGACACCGCCAUUUCCCAUCACCACAACGCCGCCUCUCUCACCCGAUUUGACACGGAUCAUCGGGAUUUCGAUCAGCGCCUCGUCGCCGUCAUUCAGAUUCAGGGAGAAGAGGCUGAAUUCGCGAAGGGUUUUUGGGUUCAUCAAGACAGUCUCAAUCGAUGGACACUUCGAUUCAACGAAAAGGAAAUCGAGGAAGAGUACCGAGCCCAUUUCGCCGAGUCAACCGAUCGCUUUGGAGGCGCUCAUUCGGCUAUCGCUCAUCACAAGAAUUUGACCGAGUACACUCCAGAAUCAUCACCUUAUCGAUAUUCGGGUGUUUUUAUCGAUAUGAUUACAGCGGGUGGUUUGUGUUUGGUGGCAGCCAUCGCUGUGAUGCUAUCGAUUUCACCGAUCCCAAUCCGAUUCAUUAUUUACACUGCAAUCGCUUUGACAAUCGUGAUGACUGCGAUCGGCAUGAUUGGAGUUCCACUUCUGACCCGGAAAUCAUUCCUCCCUUGUGUCAACCUUUGGCUUCCAAGGCACAUUAUUGGGCUUAUUCUCAUCGGUUUACCAGUGGGCGUCGCUGUGUGCAUUGUGCCACUUUGUGACUUCAAUAACUGUCCAUCAGAAGAUCUCUUGUCAACGAGGAUAACAUUCUCGUAUGUGAUGAUUCUUGCCCUCUUCGCUCAUUGUAACUUCUCACAACUUGGUGCUUGGCCAAAAACAUUAUUAUGUGUUGUUGUCGGAAUUGGUCACGUUGGAGCGUUAAUCUGGUGCCAAAAGCAUCUUGAUCUAUUAAAAGUACAGGAAAUCAAUUGCACCACAUCGAACAGCAGCCUUUUCACCAGUGAUUUCAAAUCGCCACUUUUCUUGUGGGAGAUCGUUCUCGAUGUGCUCUUGGCUAUCAUCCUUGUCGCUUUUCUUAACUAUCAAUUUGAAGCCGCUUUUCGAAUGUCUUUCUUCGGCGAUGUGCAAGCGAGAAGAGACACCGAAAAAAUGCAGAUAGUGCGAGAUCAAGCCGAUUGGCUGCUGAAUAACGUGAUCCCGCCGCAUGCUGUCGAGACACUCAAAACUGACACCAAAUACAGUGAAAAUCACGAGCAAACGGCCGUCCUCUUUGCAUCGAUCACGAAUUGGAGCGAGAUGUAUGAGGAGAAUUUCGAAGGAGGACGCGAAUUUCUUCGAGUGCUUAAUGAGGUGAUCGGAGAUUUUGACGAAUUGCUGGAUCGAGCCGAGUUUUGUCACAUUGAGAAAAUCAAAACGAUCGGCUCAACGUACAUGGCGGCGAGUGGGCUGAAUCCCGAGAAACGGCGACACGCAGCUCAUCCAAAAGAGCAUCUAUAUCAAAUGAUCGAAUUUGCCUUAUCACUUCAACACCAGUUGAGCGUUUUCAACGAGGAUUUACUCAAUUUUGACUUUGUUUGCAAGCUGGGUUUGAACAUUGGCCCGGUGACGGCCGGCGUUAUCGGAACCACCAAAUUGUAUUAUGACAUUUGGGGUGACACGGUGAAUAUAUCGUCGAGAAUGUACAGCACCGGUGUGCAGAAUCGAUUACAGGUGUCAAAAUUGACUCGAGAUUUGCUCUCGGAUCGUUACGAGUUCGAGUUUCGCGGAAAUGUCGAGGUGAAAGGAGUCGAUGGAGGAAUGGAAACAUUCUUGUUGGUUGGACGAAGAGCCGAAGCGAUUCCCCCAGUUGUUCGCUCGGCUGACGAGUUGGACUCU